AUGCCAAGCGCCAAAAUUGCUCCUUCGGUUCUCUCAAGUGAUUUUUCACAACUUGCUGCAGAGUGCAAGCGCAUGGUUGAAGAUGGCGCAGAUUGGCUACAUAUGGAUGUAAUGGAUGGUCAUUUCGUCCCUAAUAUCACAAUUGGAGCGCCAAUCGUCAAAUCUCUCAGGAAGCAUGUUGACACAUUUCUUGAUUGCCACUUGAUGGUUACCGAUCCUGACAAGUGGGUUGAAGACUUUGCAAAAGCUGGCGCCUCAAUGUACACAUUCCAUAUUGAGGCAGCAGGAAAAGAUUCGCGGGCCCUUAUCGAUAAGAUCCACAAACUCGGCAUGAGAGCAGGUGUUGCUGUCAAGCCGAAAACACCUAUAGAUACCGUGUUUCCAUUAGCUGAUGUGAUGGAUAUGUGCCUAGUUAUGACAGUCGAGCCUGGUUUCGGUGGACAGAAAUUCAUGGGAGAGUGUAUCGAGAAGGUUAAAGUGCUUCGUGAGAAAUUCCCUGACCUCGAUAUCGAAGUUGAUGGUGGUUUAGGACUUGAUAAUAUAGAUAUUGCAGCUAAUGCUGGAGCCAAUGUGAUCGUUGCUGGAACUUCGAUCUUUGGAUCUCCUGAUCCUGCGGACACUAUAUCCAAGCUUCGUGCCAGCGUCGGGACUGCACAGGAAAAAUUUCAAAAGUAA